GCAAGACCUCCUAGCUGCUAUGCGAUCCCUCGCCGUCAUCCCAGUCGCAACGGGUGUCCUACGCGCCGAGCUGCUGCAGAUCCGCCAAGAACGCGACGAGCCGUUCCGCGCAUUCUCUGCGCGAUAAGGCCGAGACGUGCGAGUUCGAGGCAGGGUGCGAGUGCGGAAGAAACCUCGACUACACUGACCACAUCAUCCGCGAUGUCCUGCUAAACGGCAUCAACGACCCAGACAUCCGCCGGGAGGUACAGGGUACCAAGAACAUCCUUAAAACCCCCGUUAAUGACGUCAUCGCACUAGUCGAGGGUAAAGAGAUGGCUCGAAACGCGCUACCAUCAUCGUCCUUGUCCGCCAUCUCGUCUUUCCGACGGCAGCAAAAACCUCCCUCAGACAACCCCCCAGCAGCCCCUUCGCAACCUGACAGGGCCAGGCAGGCUGCCUGCCCGGAUUGCCGCGCUCUGUUCCACGUAUUUUUGGAAGGGACCAGGGGAUGGAACAGCAAGCCACACCAUACGUGCAUCACGUGCCACCGAUCCCGCCGUCGCAGCCACCGGCCACAACAACCACCCCAUGCCCAAAGUCCUGCAGUCCAGACAGUGGAAUCAGAGCCGAUAUCUCAGAUUGCAGCGUUCCACGACAAAGAAGCCAACGCUCCCCCACAACACACGCCCACCACCCAUGGCCCUGUGCACAAGCCUACCGCUGUCACGCUUGAUCACCAUGUCUUCACCAAAGGCGAGUGGAAACGAGCACGCCUCCGCGCACACCCAACCAUCCCGAUCACCGUGUCGCUCGAUAAGCAAACCACAACCAGACAUAGCCACUCUGCACGCAAUUCGUCUCUCCAAGCUGAGGUCUCGGCCAUAGCGGACACUGUCGCACAAUCUGACCUGUGGUCUCUCGCAGAAUUCCUGGCAUCUGGCUUCUCGCUGGAGGACCUCUUCCCGGUACGCCUUGACCUCACCGCCGCCAACCGCUCGCCAAUCGCCAUCGAUGGAGCGUUCUUCGCCCGACUGUCGACGAUCACUCGUGACGGUGAAGCAGUGUCUUGCCGCUCAAUGGUAUACGUAAGCGGCAGCGUCCAAGCCAUGUACUUAUCGUACGAGUCCAUGCUUAACCUGGGCAUCUUAUCACAUGGCUUUCCCUCCGCCGAGCCCCUGAAGAAGCCAAGCGACGAGCACACCGAUGACUCAGCCACCCCGCACAGACCCCUGUCAGUCAACUCCACGCGAGCAGUCAACGAGGGCUGCAGCCAACCCGACAACACAGCGGGCACAUGCUCGUGCCCCCAGCGUUCGGCCUCGUAAACCAAGUGUCGAACUAUGCACAGCUACGCGACAUCAUGGCGCCAUUUUAGCCUUUCCU